GCGGGAGGAGGGACGGCAGAGAGAGAAAAGGGGAAAAGGAGAGCAGGAGGGCGCCAGUAGCCAGCCCGUUUGUGGGGACCGGCAGAUCUGUGCAGUUUUUCCAUCAUUUCUUCUGAACUUCCUGUCGGGAUGUUUUUCUCUGGUGGGCAGUGUGGCCAUGUUGGCAAAACUGAAGAACAUUUACUGAUGUUGAAGAUAUUCCUUGUCAUUUGUCUUCAUGUCAUUCUGGUUACAUCCCUGGAAGAGAAUGCUGAUAAUUCCAGCUUGUUACCACUAUUUGCAGCUGAUUCAGUUAUUGGUUUUGUCUCCUACCCUAAUGGUACUUCAGAGGUUGAAACUACAGGCCUAAAUGAUACUACUUCAACCAUGUUAUCUACUUUAAACAACACAGGAGUCAAACCCCAGACAAAUAGCUGCAAUUUGUCAUCUAUUUGCAAUGACUCAGCAUUUUUUAGAGUUGAGAUAAUGUUUCACUAUGAUGAAGAAAGCAAUCUUACUCAGAAUCAAAAUAUGGCUAAUGGCACCUUAACUGGAGUCCUGUCUCUAAGUGAAUUAAAACGAACAGAGCUCAACAAAACCCUGCAAACCCUAAGUGAGACUUAUUUUAUAAUGUGUGCUACAGCAGAAGCUCAAAGCACAUUAAAUUGUACAUUCACAAUAAAACUGAAUAAGACAAGGAACAUAUGUGCUGAGAUGCUGCCUUUUAGUACAGGGAAGAUUCACCUCAUGGAACAGUGCUACUGUUCCAUCAGAAUAUCCUGCCCUUCCUCCCCAGAAGAAUUAGAAAAACUGCAGUGUGACUUGCAGGAUCCAAUUACAUGUCUUGCUGAUGGUUAUACAAGUGACCCACCAUUUUCUUCUGGCAAUUCCAUCCAAGUUGUUCCUCAGGCUACCAUUUCUUCCCGGGACUCCAGUGCCUUCUCCUUAUCUGAGUCUCGAGAUUAUCCAUCUCCUGUCACCCAGAACCCAACAGGGGUGAUUCACCUGCCUUCUCUCCAGCCUUCAAUUCCUAUAGGUUAUAGCCCUACCGUUGACACGCUCCCCCAAUCUAGAACUCUCUCUUUCCCUACUCUUAAAACUGAUAUUUCCCAUACCCUGCCACUUCCCUCUCCCACCACGUCUGCCUCUGUGAAUGUCAUCAUGACCAGCACACCUUCUGACGAGACAGAAAUUGUUCACACCAGCAGUAUCAGUGUUUCUGAUCUUGAGAGCCAAGUGUCUGAGAUGGAGGAAGCUCUGUCCUUAGGCAGCUUGGAACCUAGCACUGCAGGAGAAAUGAUAAACCAAGUCAGCAAACUCCUCCAUUCCCCAUCUGCCUUGCUGGCUCCUGUGGCCCAAAGAUUGCUAAAAGUAGUGAAUGACAUUGGCUUACAGCUGAAUUUUUCAACCAAGACUGUAAGUCUAACCUCUCCCUCUUUGGCUCUGGCCGUGAUCAGAGUGAAUUCCAGUAAUUUCAACACAACUACCUUCGCUGCCCAAGACGGUGAAAAUCUUCAGGUUUCUCUGGAAACUGAGGCUCCUGAGGACAAUAUUGGUGUUAUUUCUCUGCCUUCAUCGCUGAUGAAUAAUUUACCAGCUAAUGAUGUACACCUAGCUUCCAGGGUACAGUUCAACUUUUUUGAAACACCUGCCCUGUUUCAGGACGCUUCCCUGGAGAACCUCUCUCUGAUCAGCUACGUCAUAUCAUCGAGUGUUUCGAACCUGACUGUCAAGAACUUGACAAGAAACGUGACGGUUAUAUUAAAGCACAUCAACCAAAGCCAGGAUGACUUAACAGUAAGAUGCGUAUUUUGGGACUUAAGCAGAAAUGGUGGCGGAGGAGGCUGGUCACCAGAUGGCUGCUCUGUCAAACACAGGAGGCUGAAUGAAACCAUCUGUACCUGCAGCCACCUUACAAGCUUUGGCGUCCUACUGGACCUAUCUCGAACAUCCUUGCCAGCAACUCAAAUGAUGGCUCUGACGUUUAUCACAUAUAUUGGUUGUGGGCUUUCAUCAAUUUUUCUGUCAGUUACUCUUGUAACCUACAUAGCCUUUGAAAAGAUCCGGAGGGAUUACCCUUCCAAAAUUCUCAUCCAGCUUUGUGCUGCUCUGCUCCUGCUGAAUGUGGUUUUUCUCUUGGACUCAUGGGUUGCUCUGUAUAACAUGCGAACCCUCUGCAUUUCAGCAGCUGCAUUUUUGCAUUAUUUUCUCUUGGUCUCAUUUACAUGGAUGGGCCUAGAAGCAUUCCAUAUGUAUCUGGCCCUUGUCAAAGUGUUUAAUACUUACAUCCGAAAAUACAUCCUUAAAUUCUGCAUCAUCGGUUGGGGAGUACCAGCCGUGAUUGUAACCAUUGUCCUGACUAUAUCCCCAGACAACUAUGGGCUUGGAUCAUAUGGGAAAUUCCUUAAUGGCUCGCCUGAUGACUUUUGCUGGAUCAACAGCAAUGCUGUAUUCUAUAUUACAGUUGUGGGAUAUUUCUGUGUGAUAUUUUUGCUGAAUGUCAGCAUGUUCAUUGUGGUCCUGAUCCAGCUCUGUCGAAUUAAAAAGAAGAAGCAACUGGGAGCCCAGCGAAAAACCAGUAUUCAAGACCUCAGGAGUGUUUCUGGCCUUACAUUUUUACUGGGAAUUACUUGGGGCUUUGCCUUCUUUGCCUGGGGACCAGUUAAUGUCGCCUUUAUGUAUCUCUUUGCCAUCUUUAACACUUUACAAGGAUUUUUCAUAUUCAUCUUUUACUGUGUAGCAAAAGAGAAUGUCAGAAAGCAAUGGAGGCGGCAUCUUUGUUGUGGAAAGUUACGGCUGGCUGAAAAUUCUGACUGGAGCAAAACUGCUACUAAUUGUUUAAAGAAGCAGACUGUAAACCAAGGAGUGUCCAGCUCUUCAAAUUCCCUACAGUCAAACAGUAACUCCACCCAUUCCACCACACUGCUAGUGAAUAAUGAUUGCUCAGGACUCAUGAGUGGGAAUGGGAAUGCUUCUACAGAGAAGAAUGGUGUUUCUUUCAGUGUUCGGAAUGGAGAUGUGUGCCUUCAUGAUUUCACUGGAAAACAGCACAUGUUUAAUGAGAAAGAAGAUUCCUGUAAUAGUAAAAGUCGUAUUGCUUUCAGAAGGACUUCAAAGCGAGGAAGCUUACACUUUAUUGAGCAAAUGUGAUUCCUUUUUCUGAAAUCAAAGCAUGAUGCUUGACCGUGAAAAUGUCCAUUUUUUACCUUUUCUGCAAUGUGAGAUGUAUGAAAAAUCAACUAAUUUUAUACUCAGCAACCUCUGGAGGACCAUAAGCUAACUGAGGGCAGUGGUUACUAUUGAAAGAGGAAACCAAGAUAUUUUGAGACAUUUGCAACUUGGUUUCUUUUCCUUCAUUUUAAAAGAAGAUUGGUUUUAAACAACAUAGUAAAUAAGAUUUGUUUAAAUAAAAGUAGUUCAUAUCCAGCCACAUUUUAAACAGGUUAUGUUAUCUUUGAUAACAUCAUAUAAAGCAACUGUUGACUUCAGCCUGUUGAUGAAUUUAGUUGUGCAUGACUUUGUUGUAAAUAAGCUAAAUUUUAGUGAUUCACAUGUCAAAAAUCUUCUAAAUUUUUUUUGUAUUUAUUUUCUACUGUGUAAAUUUAUUUCUUUGUAGAAUCAUGGUUGUAAUGUUGUGUCUACUGUUGUAAUGCAAAAAAAAAAAUCCUUGCUGGUUCAGUAAGUUCUAAAACUCUUUUUGGAGAUUAUAUGGGAUGUGAAAUACAGAAACUUCAUUCAAAUGAAGAAAUAAUGAUGCCAGUCAGAUUGGGAAAAUGUAAGCAGACAGUUCAACAAUUAGCUCAUACAGUGCCUUUGAGCAAAAUAGUAAAAAGGUUCCACCACUAGACAGACACAGCCCCAGACUCAGUUUGCUAAACUGAGUGGAGACUGUAUUUUAGCUCCACUCACCUUCUGGGGCAGGGAUGUCAAACUCAUUUCCACCAGGGGCCACAUCAGCCUCACGGUUGCCUUCAAAGAGACAAAUGUAACUUUAGGACUGUAUAAAUGUAACUACUCCUUAACUAGGGGCAAGGAGCUCAGUGCUGCCGCUGGGUACAAACAGGGUGCCAGGCAGAUAAAGCAAGGUGGAGGGCCAGAUUCAGCCCGUGCACCGUGUGUUUGCCACCUGUGCUCUAGGGUGUACCCUUGUACAGGGUGUGGACUGUAUACACCUGGAUACAUGGCAUUCAAUAUCCAUCUCCUGACCUUAUCUCUGAUCAUUAAAUUAGGAAAUCUUCACCAAGAUGUUUAGCUUAAUACUGUGGCCACAGAGAGGGAAGGAAGUGUAAUCUACACCGUGUCAGGAAAAUUGUGAAUGUGGAGGAGGUACAUACACUGCCACCUCGCAAAUCCCCAGAGCCUUUCAUUAAAGAGGAGUAGUAUAGGGAUUACUUUUUAAAGGUGAUGUAUAUAAAGAAAAAAAUCAUAUUACUGUUCUUUACGAUGGUACAUUGUUGGUUGUAAUGACUGGUACACUCUGGCCCAGCCAGAACUAUAGUUAUUUUUAAAAAGAGAUCUAGUCUUAAGAAUGUAUAGUGACAGGGGGACCAGCUAAUGGGAAUGGGGAACUAUCCUGUGAUGCUAUUAUUUCAAUAUGUAUCAAACCCUGAUUGCUCCUAGUUAUAGAGGGUCUAUCUUACUUCCCACCUAUAGCUGCUUGAGCAGUGCGUCAAGUGUGUCCUUAUUGGGAACAUUUCCAAACCCUUUAGUUAGGUCUUUCACUGAGGUUCCCUUGCAUAUAUUUCAAGUGAAUGUUGUAUCCCAGGCUAACUAUACUAAUAAUGUAAUACACUUCUGUGAGUGCUGAUUUGCCUUUGCAAUAUUUCAUCUCUGAUAUAUUUAAUUGUCUUGUAUUUAUGUUAAAAUUGACAAAAAUGUUAAAAUCAACAAAAUAAAUUUGCAGUUAAAUCCUUUAA